AUGUCGUCAUUGUUUCCACUUCCACUGGAAGAAACCAGGUUGACACUUCCAGAUGCUAAAUAUCUUAAAGACCACAUUGAUAGAAAACUAAAUAUUAAGAUACCCCUCCUUCAGUAUGAAUUUGAAGGUUUGAUUUCAACAGACUUAAUAAUCCUUGCAGUGCUCAUGAUCUCAGAAUCUUAUUUCGGAUUAGUGAGACGGAAAGUGCUUUUCAGCUCUUAUGGAUCCGCUAUUUUCAAAAACCCACUUCAACAAGAUGGAACAGAAUAUUCCGUUCAAUUAUGGGGUAAUAACAUCCAAUUACCUUUAGAAUUCCUCAUAUACGACAGUAAAUCUGUCCAAAAUAGCGCUAAAGGCACGAGCACUGAGAGUGAUCGCCCCGACUGUGGUUUAAUUAUCGAUAAUGUUUGUCCGUUUAGAAGAUAG